GUUAAUCCCGGUGAUUCAACGCGAAUUUUGUGUAAUAAAGCAUGGAGUCCAGCAGAGGUCAAGGUUCGAUCCAACAGUUGCUUGCUGCUGAGGUUGAAGCUCAACACAUUGUCAAUGCUGCCAGGACCGCAAAAAUGGCAAGACUGAAGCAAGCCAAGGAAGAGGCAGAGAAAGAGAUUGCCGAAUACAAAGCUAAAACAGAGCAAGACUUCCAGAGGAAACUUGAGGAGACAAGUGGCGACUCUGGUGCAAAUGUGAAGAGGUUGGAGCAAGAGACUGAUGCCAAAAUCGAGCAGUUGAAGAACGAAGCAACGAGGAUUUCCAAAGAUGUUGUGGAAAUGCUUCUGAAGCAUGUGACCACAGUGAAGAACUGAUAUAUUUUUCUAAGAAAGUAAAAAAAAAGAAGGUUGUUUGUGUAAGAUGAUGAAAAAAGUGGGAGUCAUUUUUGAGUGAUCUGCUCUCUUUCUCUCGUGUGGUGUUUCUGGAUUUCAGAGAUUCCAUCUUAUUUUAUUGUUCCUAUUUAUUCUCUCUGCUUCUUUGUAAUUUAUCUCUCUACUCUUUGUAUUCAUAUCUUUGGAACAACGUUGUAAUAAUAAUUCGAGAGCAGAGGAACUCGAUGGAUUAUUUAUUUUUAUUAUUAUUGUUACAAUAAAUAAGGCUUGGGCUUA